UACUUUUAGUCCGUCCCUUGUAAACCUUACUCGAAAUAUAUUCGAUCAUACUAGUGGGAGUAGUAACUCUAGUCACAGUAUGUGGUCAUCAAUGGGAUUUAUAUCAGAACUAUCAACGCUGUAUCCUGAUCUUGGCCUGGCUUCAAUGCAUCUACUAUUCACAAUGUUAUAUACAGUGAGUACCUUGGGCGCAGUGGACGUGUAUUUAUUCUCUCAGAAUUUCUACAUUUUGAAAACGAAAUUAUUCAAUGACCAUUCAGUGGAUUGGAGUUCUACUCCUUAUUGGAGGAAUCUCAUGGGUGAACGGGAAGAGUUGUAGUAGAAUUUCCAUAAAUGACUUGAAAGGAGAAAUCAAGUCCCCAGCAAAUGAAAGUGAAUGUGAUCCGAGUAGUAGCUACUGUAAACCUCCGAUCUAUUUUCCUCGUAAAAUGAAUCAGGCGAUGUUAAGAUUGGAUUUCACAGCCAUGUUUCUUGCAGGAGGAAGUUUCAAUAUUAGUAUUGUGGGCUUCAAUUCUCGAAGGAAUGAAUACUUUAGCCCAUCCAUUCUCACAUUUACACCCAACACUGAGCAGAAAUGUUGGAUAUUCAGCGGAUCUCGUAGUUGCUUUGACGGAGUAAAUACAACAUGCAUGACUGUGCAUAGCCCCAAUGUACAAGUGAUAAGUGUUUUGUACAAAUGCCGGCCUUCUGAAUAUCAAUUCAAAUUCACUUACGAAUACUUCGAUUGCAAAACAGGAAUCUCAUGGGUGAACAUGCAAGGUUGUGGAUCGGAGAUAUCUGACUUGAAAGGAGAAAUUCAGUCUGUAACAAAUAAAAAUGAAUGUGAUUGGGAGGAAAUGUGUGAAUAUUUUUUUGUUUCUUCUCCCCAAAUGGAUCAGACAAUGUUCAGAUUGGAUUUCACGCCAACAUUACACUCGGGAGGAAUUUUCGAUAUUGUAAUUUAUGGCCUCAGAUAUGAAUAUAGAUAUGUUGACCUAUCCACCCUCACAUUUACACCCAACACUGAGCAGAGAUGUUGGAUAUACAGCAGACCUGGUAAUUGCUUGAAUGCAUUGAAUACAACAUGUAUGACUGUAAACUGGUUGUAUGUAGAAAAGAUAUGGGUUUGGUACAGAUGCCAGCCUUCUGAAUAUCAAUUCAAAUUGACUUACGGAUACUUCGAUUGUAAAACAGGAAAAAGAAUUGAACCACCAACUACCACACCCCUACAGACUUCCAGCCAAUCAGUGACCACACCCCUACGUCCAACCAAUCAUAUUGCACUAACUACCCAGGCAAACAAACCCAUCCAAACUACCAAUGCACCAACUACCCAGGCAAACAAACCCAUCCAAACUACCAAUGCACCAACUACCCAGGCAAACAAACCCAGCCAAACUACUAAUGCGCCAUCUACCCAGGCUAACAAACCCAUCCAAACUACCAAUACACCAUCUACCCAGGCAAACAAACCCAGCCAAACUACCAAUACACCAACUACCCAGACAAACAAACCCAAUCAGACGACCUCUAACCCCAUCUCCACUGAUUCAGACUCCAGCAAUAAUUCUCUCACAACGAUUUUGAUAAUAGUUGGAUGUGUGAUAGCAGUAUUGUUAGUGAUUGCAGCCGCAAUUUAUUGGAAAAACAGACAACAAGGCCAGGAAGAAAAUAUUGCAAUGUCGACCCCAACUCAUGUGUACGAAGAGAUUCACGAACCGGUAGAUGAGGGAGGUUAUCUCUCACCCAUGCCAAACCCCAACGUAUCUGUUCAAAUACCGAGUAUAGAGGAAGCAUACGCUGAUCCAGAAGAUCCUGAUUAUAUUGUCCCAGAGGAUAUUACUCCUCCUCCUAUACCCCCUCCCAUGUAUGAUAGCGUGCUGCCUUCAAGAUCCCCACCCAACCCUCAAGCUAAUCUGCCUAUGGAUCCCCCUGUCCCCUCAAACCCCGGCACUUCCUGUCAAAAACCAAGCGUCGAAAGUGUUUAUACCGAGCCCGAUUACGCCCCACCAGAAAAUAUUACUGCCCCGCCUAUCUCCAUGCAUGAGAAUGUUGGCGUGCCAACUUCCACAGCCACACCCAACCUUCAGUUGACGCCGCUUCCAAAUUCUGAAGUACAGGUUUCACUUAUGAUCCGCUUAAAUUCUAGCAUUUCUUGUCAAGUUAAGAGUUCUGAUGACAGAACAAAUCCAGACACACCCCCAGAAAACAUACCUGCCCCUCCCAUGUGUGAUAACGCAAGGGUGACAUCACGCAGAAACCCACCCAACCCCCAAACAAAUCUUCCUACUGUAUCCUCAAACCCUGACACUUCUCAUCAAAAUCCAAGUCACGACAGCGUUUAUGACGAGCCCGGUUUUGUCCCGCCAGAAAAUAUUACUGCCUCGCCCAUAUAUGAUGAUACGGCAGCCGUUACCCCAUCUGUUUAUGAUGAAACUGCAUAAAAUGGUGAUUCCCAACCUUAUUUGAGUCACACCUUCUGAAUAAUUUCUAAUAUAUGCCCCCUUUCACAAUAUUUACAAAAUGUAGAUAAAACCAGUCCUACGAACGAAAUAAUAUUAAGAUUAUUAUUCUAGGAGAUAGUACAAAACAACCCCUUAUGAGUCGCGACCCCAAGGUUGGGAAUCACUGACAUAGAAUAAGUUCAGAUCUAAUGAGGCAGAAAACUUUUUCUCUCGUAGAAUUCAGUAAUUUCAAAAAAUAAACUGUUUUAAAUAGAUUUAUUCAAAAAAAAAAUAAAAAAAAAAAUACAGAGAGUAGUGUUGUUCUUGUUUUAUUUCAUGUAAUCGCAUUUUCAAUUUUUUAUUGAUAUUUUGUGAAAUAUAUUGUUCAUUUUGAGCUCUGUAAUUUACAGAAUAUUUCAACCAUGACCAAACACUAACUGACUUUGAGAUUUUAGUAGAAUGAAACUUUAAAUAAUAUUACGAUUUACAUUUAUCAUAUUUUCAAAAGCUCUUGUAUUGCUGCUGAUUAUUGUUAUUUUUUUCUGCGUGCAUGCAUCUCCGUGAUCUGUGAACUUGUGAAAAGUUCCUUUCGAUUCUGAAUAACUAAAUAACAUUCUCUCGACCUGGUCGGUUAAACUUUCGACUCUGGCAAGGCUUUGGCUGAACAAUCCGACUCGAUUUCAGCUAGAAAUUUCAAUUCUUGAUUUUAGACUCUGAAAUUCUGACUCGAUUAAUUUUAACGCAGGGUCGCGUCUCUAAUGCGUCUCAGCAAUAAACAUCAAACUCUUGACUUCACAGCCCUGUUUGUUUUUUAUUGAGUGUAUUUAUGUUAUUUCAAAUAUUUUUAUUGAUAUUGAGUGAAAUAGUUUGUUCAUUUUGGGCUCUUCUUAAAUAUUUCAACUGUAACCAAAAUUUCUCCAGAUAUCUUCAGGCUCAUUUUUCAGCCCCAAGUUAUGCAAAUUUCUAAUAGUCGCCCCACCACAUUGUUUUCAGUGAUUGCUGAUGAACAGCCAUUUCCUAUGAGCACAGUCUGUCACUAGAGGGUGCAUAAGAUUGUGUAGUUUUUUAAAGGGACAGGGCCAUAUAGAUAGUUUUUAUUAGUUUUAAUGUUGGUCUCAGCAGUUAUCUGAAGCAAUUAGCUUGUGCAAGUCAUGUCCGGCAGCCAACAAGGCUGUCUCAUAAAUGUUAAAGUUAUCGUUGAGAACAGGAUAUGUUCAUCUGUAAUUAGGCUCUUAACAUAUUUUUUUGCAUCCAUGUAUUUGAGAAUUCAUCUUUUAGAAAACUAUUUCUAUGAAAUUCAGUAAUUUUCGAAACCCGGUUUUAAGUAAAUUUAUUUGAAAAAAAUACAGAGAGGCGUGUAUUUAUUGUUUUAUUUCAUGUAAUCACAUUUAAAUUUUUUAUUGAUAUUGUGUGAAAUAUACUGUUCAUUUAAACCCUGUGAUUUCCAGAAUAAUUCAACCAUGACCAAACAAUAACUGACUGAGAUUUUAAUGGAAUGAAACUUAAAAUAACAUAACGAUUUGCAUUUUCUAUAUUUUCACAUGUUUUUGUAUUCUUGCCAGAUUUUUGUGUUUUUUUUUCUGCGUGCACCUAAUUCCGUGUGCUGUAAACUCAGUGAAAAGUUCCAUUCGAUUCUAAAUAACUGAAAUAACAUUCUCUCAACCUGAUCGGCUAAAUUUUUGACUCUGGCAAGGCUUUGGCUGAACAAUCCGACUCGAACUCAGCUAGAAAUUUCAAUUCUUAACUUUAGACUCUGAAAUUCACACUCCAAAUAAUUUUAACGCAUGACUGCGUCUCUAAUACCGACGAAUAAACAUCAAACUCUUAACUUCACAGCCCUGGUUCAACAUUUAUUUAGUGUAUUUGUGUUAUUUCACAUAUUUUUAUUGAUAUUAAGUGAAAUAUUUUGUUCAUUUUGAGCUCUUCUUUUAUAUUUCAACCGUAACUAAAAUUUUUCCAGAUUUCUUUAGGCUCGUUUUUCACCCCCGGUUAUGCUAAUUUUUAAUAGUUGUCCCACCACAUUGUUUUCAGUGAUUGCUGAUGAACAGCCAUAUAGACAACUUGAGCAAUUCUCUGAGUCACAGUUUGUCACUAGAGGGUGCAUAAGAUUGUGUAGAAGGGACCGGGCUAUAAAGAUGUUUUGGUAAAUUAGUUUUGUUAGUUUCAAUGUUGGCCUUAUCAAAUAUUGGUAACAAUUGAUUUUCAAAUUUGGCGUCACGUGUACCAAAUAAAUGUUAAAGUUAUCAUUGAGAACAGAAUAUGUUCAUCUGUAAUCAGGCUCUUUUAUCUCAAUUGUACUCUACUCGCAUACAAACAACCAAAUGAUUUUUCAUUCCAGAUGAAUGCACUUUAUUCCGUUAUGCAUUAUUUCUUGCUUAAGUGAACAAUUCGAAUAAAUGCCUUCCUCAAUGCCUUAUUGUUAUGUUUUUUUUUGAAGUUUCGCUAUAUUUUCUCAUAAUCAGAUUUUUAUUGCUUAUUUUUAAUAUAUUUUGUUGACAUUUUCAUUGUUUCACGCUCCAGUGAACAUAUAAAAAAAAUUUAUGCUGCCCUUCCUCAAAGUCCAUCCCCCUCAGUAUAGGUCUUAAGUAAUUCCUGCCGUAAAGUAAACUUCGAAUUUAUACCUAAACUCUAUCUACAGCAAUGGUUCCAAGCUGGGGGCCACCCAGAUCAGUUGGAUGGGGCCACAUUCACAAUGUUGGGCGCAAAACUGAAAGAAGUACUCCCAGUUCUUUCUAGUUUGAUUGCUUGAUAAGGUUAUUUGACAGAGUGUUUUCACUUUGUUGAGCAUGUAUUGUUUGAACAUAAUGAGAUUCGGAUUCUACCAAUGUUAAUAACACUAAAAUACCACUAGAAUGAUAAGCUGGGGGGAGUGUUAAAAGCCUCAAUGUCUUUGCUAAUGUUUUUGAUGUUUUCUUUAUUUCUCAUAAUCAGAUUUUUAUUGUUUAUUUUUAAUAUAUUUUGUUAACAUUUUCAUUGUUUCACGCUCCAGUGAACAUAUCGAAAAAAUCAUGCUGCCAUUUCUUAAGGUCCAUCUCCCUCACUAUAAGUCUUCAAGUAAUUCAUUUAUUAAAUAAAACACCGUCUUCAGAUGUAUAACUAAACUCUACAGCAGUGGUUCAAAACCGGGAGUCCAUUGCCCUUUAAGUCUAUGAUGCCAGCCGCUAAGCUCAUCUUAUUUUCCCCUUUACAAAAGUAACACCUGUGUUUCCUUGCUUGAUAAGAUUGCAUGAGAUAUGUAAACAUAGUGGAAUCUACCAAUCAAAAUAACACUGGAAUGAGGUCCAAGCCCCAAAUGGUUGGGAACCACUUCUACAAUAUUCUUCGAUGUAUUGGCGUCUUUGGACAAUCAUACACAUUAGAUCAGAAAACUGAUAUUUGCGAGUAUUUUCAUAUUUCACUUGAAAAUUCCAGCACUUCGAUUCUUAGAAUACAGAUUUCCAGUUAGAUCUGACUAUAAAAUAUGCCCCAACCCCUCAGCACUGCUGUAUAUUCAAACCACGGACUUCUCGAAAUAAAAAUCGUUAUCUAAAGUCUGUUUUAGUGAUUAUCAAUGAUCGAUGAAAAUUUUUCGAGGAUUGAUUUUGAAGUGAACUUAGUGAUUCAUCUUUUUAACUAUUUUUCUAUUAAUCGGACAAAUUUUGAUUUUUUUCUUUAUUGAAAUCGCUGUUAUUGUGACUUCGGGCUAGGGAUGUUAGUUUCAGAAUUUUAAAUCCAAGGGCUCAAAUCACGAUUAGGUUGUCGUCUAGUCUUUAAGCAAGCUCAUCUUUCGAUAAGUCCACUUUCGUGUUCAUAUAUUCGAGCAUUGAUUUCUUCGUAUUUAAUCACAAUCUUUGGUUCUAUCAAAUAAAGUUGUCUUGAUAAAUAUUGCUUCAAGUAAUGCUUUUCAAAUUUUAAGUACUUUAAGAUGGUUGGAGCUGCCGAACGGCAAUUUAUUUUUCCAACUUCCUAUUUGUCCCGAUAUUCCAUUAAAACUUUGCUUCUUUAUUUAAAACAAAAAAAUCUUUUAUUCUAUCCUGCUAGACCGACUGACUGUUAAGUAAUUUACGGUGUGGUUGAAAUCGUUGAAAAGCAAUUACUUUUAUUUGGUCUGGUAUUUCACCAAAGAUUUUGCUGUUUUAUUCAGAGCAGAACACUUUUUAUUCCAUCUUGCUUGACCGACUCCGUCAUGCGUAUUCGCCAAUUAGAUUCUGAAUUUGAUUUGAAAAAAAAUAGAUUUGAAAUUUUUUUUGGCAAUCAAUUGUUCUAUUCAGCAAACAUAGUCUACACAACCUCCGUGCCCUCACAAUUGGUCAUUGUUCUCUUGUUGUUUCAUCACACAAAGUAACCUGUAGUCCUAUCGAACUCAAAAACAGAAAUAUUUGAGUAGGAUUCUGAAUCCAAAUUCGAUUGAACAAAAAGAUUUUAAAACUUACAUCCCUAUUUGCAACCACUAGGUAUAGAAAAUGUAUUCGUUUGAAAUCUUUGCAAUACAGUUUAAAUCUCAUUUGUUGAAACAAUAAUUUUUAAAAUUUUUUGGUCAAAAUUUGAUUCAUUUAGUUGUUUCAUGGCAAAAUUUCGAUAAAUAAUUUUGGACCUUCAUUUGGUAAAUAAAAAAUUGGAAUGUGUGCUUU